UUUGUGGAAUUUACCCUAAAAUAUAAGAGAAUGCAAAUCUGUUAAACCCUAAAGCUUAACCCCACAACACUAACGCAACUAGAUCCUCGCUCUCACGCUAAAUUGAAAAAUGACCUCCAAAAAGAAGAACAACAAGAACAAGCCGAAGCCGAACAAGGACUCGGACCCUUCACCGACGGCGCAAGAUAGCAACAAUGGAGGCGACAAGAAGAUCAUCACGGACGCUCGAUUCGCGUCCGUGCACUCCGACCCUCGCUUCCAGAACGUUCCGAGGCACAAAUCGAAGGUCGCCAUCGACUCGCGAUUCGACCGCAUGUUCAAGGACAAGAGCUUCGCGUCUUCCUCGGCUCCGCUAGAUAAGCGUGGAAAGCGUAAGAAGCCAAACCAGGAAAGUCAUCUGCGCCAUUACUACAAAAUCGAAGAAGAAGAAAAGGAAAAGGAGGAGGAGGAGGAGGAAAAGAAAGAGAUUAGUAGCAGCAGCGACGAAGAAGAAGAAGAAGAAGAUGAGAAAGUUGUGGAAGAUAGCAGAUUUGGGAAACUCGAGUCGGAGACUGACUCGGAGGAAUCUGAAUCGGAGGAAGACUCGGAGAAUGGUGAAUUGGAGGAGUCUACUACCGAUACAGAUGAUACAGACGAAGACGACGAGGCGGUUUAUGAGGAGGAAGCGGAAGAAGAUCUUUUGAUGCAGGAAAAUAUACCAGAAAUUGAAAAAGAAACUCACAGGCUCGCUGUUGUUAAUAUGGACUGGAAGUAUAUUAAGGCCGUUGACUUGUAUGUUGUUUUGAGUUCAUUUCUCCCAAAAGGUGGACAGAUUUUGUCAGUGGCUGUCUAUCCAUCGGAGUUUGGACUUCAGCGUAUGAAAGAGGAAGCAGUUCGUGGUCCUCUUGGCUUCCUUAAAGAUGAAAAUGAGAAAAAUGAAGAUCAAGACGACGAUAAGUUAGACUCUGAGGACGAUGAUGAGAUAGACUAUGAGAAAUUGCGUGCUUAUGAGAUAAGCAGGCUAAGGUACUACUAUGCUGUGGUAGAAUGUGAUUCGAGUGCCACAGCAGAUUACCUUUACAAAUCUUGUGAUGGAACUGAAUUUGAAAGGUCUUCCAAUAAGCUUGAUCUGAGAUUUAUUCCUGACUCUAUGGAAUUUAAACACCCACCUAGAGACGUUGCUAAUGAGGUGCCUGCAGACUAUGAAGGUUUAGAUUUUCAAACUAAAGCCCUGCAGCAGAGUAGGGUUCAGCUUUCUUGGGAUGAGGAUGAACCGGAUCGUGUAAAGACCUUGAAACGUAAAUUUAAUGCUGAUCAGCUAGCUCAAUUGGAGUUGAAGGAGUUCUUGGCUUCUGAUGAGGGAGAAAGCGAUGAUGGUGAUGGUGAAAACGAUGAUGAUGAUAAGAAGGAUAAAAAACGAGAUAUGUACCGUGCUUUAGUCCAGUCUGGUGAUGGUUCAGAUGGAGAUGGAGAUGGAGAUGGAGAGGAUGAUGGCCAGGAUAUGGAGGUCACUUUCAAUACUGGCUUGGAGGAUAUUAGCAAGCGUAUUUUGGAGAAGAAAGAUAAGAAUUCAGAAACUGUGUGGGAGGCCUAUCUUAGAAAAAGAAGAGAGAAAAAGCAGGCUAGGAAAAAUAAGUCUAAGUAUUCAUCAGAUGAUGACAGUAGUGAUAGUGAUACUGAUCAACAUGCGCCUGAACAACCAGAUGACUUCUUUGUUGAAGAGCCUUCAGUUAAAAGAAGUAAAAAAGAGGCUGGAGGUAAAAGCGAUAAAGAAAGGCUGAAUCAAAAUAUGGAUAAGGAAGCAGAAGCAAGCCAAGCAGAGCUUGAGUUAUUACUUGCUGAUGAUAAGGGGACAGAAACUGGUCUUAAGGGAUAUAGUUUGAAACCUAAGAAGGCCAAGGGGAAAAAGGGAAAAGAAGUUCCAGAUGAGGAUAAAUUACCAUCUGUUAAUUAUGAUGAUCCACGGUUUUCAGCGCUCUUCACUUCACCUCUAUAUGCUCUGGAUCCAACAGAUCCUCACUUCAAAAGGAGUGUAGCUUAUGCUAGGCAGGUGGCGCAGAGGCAGCAGAACAAGCAAGAAUUGGUGGAAAAUGAGCAUUUGAAGUUACCUACAACAUCACACUUGCCAUCUGAUGAGCCACCAAAGAAAGAGAAACAUGAGUUAUCAUCAUUAGUCAAAUCAAUUAAGAUGAAGUCCAAGCCAUUUCAAUUGCCCUCUGAUGGUAAGAUGUCAAAAAAAAGUGGAAAAUUGCAAUCUGCAGGUAUGGUAGAAAAGGAGUUACAACAUGAUCUCUCAACGUUAGUUCGAUCAGUUAAAAAGAAGUCAAAAAAUCUCAAAAAAUGAAUCCCAAGAUGAGAUAAAAAAAACCGCUUUCUGUUUCCACAACAUCAUGCAGAAGAAUAGAUUGUGGUGGUUGUAAGCUGCAAUUAAGCAAGUCAGAUUGGGACAAGUCGCAAAGACUGAAGGUUUUUGGUAGAUUAUACUUUGACAUACAAUUUAUUUAUUUAUUUGGAUGGUAGUGGUGUGAUUGGGAUUUUUGUGAUCCUCUAGUGUAUGACAGUUUGGGAUUUCAUUGUGGUCACAGGGUUUAGUUCGCAUUUGGGAUCUUUGGAUGAUAUUUAUAGCCACUGCCAAAGGCCCAUGGCAAAUUUUGAUAUUAGUGAACAUUUUGCAAGUGGAAUAUCAGAAUAAAGAGAUAACAUUGCAGUAAUUGUAAAAGGUUCGUACAGUUGAUAUGCCGUAUUGUAUGGCAGUAAGUACCUUUUUUAGCUGUUUUAUCGUAUGGCAGUAAGUACUUUUUUAUUUUUUA